UAGCGAUGAGAGGGAGGGAGAAGGCAGCGCUGCGGGGGGCUCGGGAAAACUUGCUGCGGAGGACGAGGACAUCUUGAAGGCUUUGCUGGCUGGAAGAGGCAUCGCUGGAAUCCCACUCCUACAGCUGUCGUGAAGAUUUGAGACGAAUGUAAUUAGGGCCAUGGGGACCUAUCGGGUGACCGCGUACCUGGUCUUUGCCAUCACCACCGCCACUAUAGGCUCCUUCCAGUUUGGCUUCAACACUGGAGUCAUCAAUGCUCCCGAGAUGAUCAUAAAGGACUAUCUGAAUAUCACUUUGCAAAUGAGAACAAAUGAGUAUCCCAGUACCGUGUUGCUCACAACCGUGUGGUCCUUGUCUGUAGCCAUCUUCUCCGUUGGUGGUAUGGUUGGCUCCUUUUCCGUUGGACUCUUUGUCAACCGCUUUGGCAGACGCAAUUCAAUGCUUAUUGUCAACCUGUUGGCCAUCACAGGAGGCUGCUUAAUGGGCUUCUGCAAAUUAGCACAGUCAGCUGAAAUGCUGAUCAUCGGUCGGCUGAUCAUUGGUCUCUUCUGCGGACUCUGCACUGGUUUUGUGCCCAUGUACAUUGGAGAGGUGUCUCCGACUGCCCUACGGGGAGCCUUUGGUACCCUCAACCAGUUGGGCAUCGUCGUGGGAAUUCUGGUGGCGCAGAUCUUCGGUCUGAAAGGCAUCUUGGGAACUGAAGACCUCUGGCCCGUGCUUCUGGGCUUGACCAUUGUUCCAGCCGUCAUCCAAAGUGCGGCCCUUCCAUUUUGCCCUGAAAGUCCUAGAUUCUUGCUCAUUAACAGAAGGGAGGAAGACAGAGCUAAGGAGGUCCUCCAGAAGUUGUGGGGCACCCAGGAUGUGACUCCGGAAAUCCAGGAGAUGAAAGACGAGAGUGUAAGGAUGGCGCAAGAAAAGAAAGCCACCAUCCUGGAGUUGUUCCGCGUGCGCAGUUACCGGCAGCCCAUCAUCAUCUCCAUCAUGUUACAGCUCUCCCAGCAGCUCUCUGGGAUCAAUGCCGUAUUCUAUUACUCCACAGGAAUCUUCAAAGAUGCAGGUGUCAAGGAGCCGAUCUAUGCCACCAUUGGUGCGGGUGUGGUUAACACUUUAUUCACUGUAGUUUCUCUAUUUCUGGUGGAAAAAGCAGGAAGGAGGACUCUCCACAUAAUAGGCCUUGGAGGGAUGGCUGUUUGUUCCCUCCUCAUGACUGUUUCCUUGUUAUUAAAGGAUCAUUACAACUGGAUGAGCUUUGUCUGCAUUGCAGCUAUCUUGGUGUUCGUGGCUUUCUUUGAAAUUGGUCCAGGUCCCAUUCCAUGGUUUAUUGUGGCCGAACUCUUCAGCCAGGGACCCCGCCCAGCUGCCAUGGCGGUGGCUGGUUGUUCCAACUGGACCUCCAACUUUUUGGUUGGACUGCUCUUCCCCUCGGCUGCAUACUACUUAGGAGCCUACGUUUUUAUUGUCUUCACCGUCUUCCUCGUUAUCUUCUUGAUCUUCACCUUCUUCAAAGUCCCUGAGACCCGUGGCAGGACUUUCGAAGACAUUACACGGGCAUUUGAAGAUCAGGUGCAGGAUGCUGACAGAGCUGAGAAAGGCCACAUUGUGGAGAUGAACAGCAUCGAGCCUACUAAAGAGGCCAGCACCAAUGUCUAAGCCAUAUCUCCUGCCCACCUCCCUCCCGACAUGAAAAAAUGACCUCUCCCUGACUGAGGGGGAGACCUCAUCAGGUUGUGACCCAGGACUGUUUCUGAAUGCUGCUACGUGAUUCCUUUCUCAUCCCACACACUCAUGAGCACUCAGAGUGUGCUCGUGGGCUCAACUCUGGGGUUAGUUGUAUUCUCGCUGGCUUUUUAAAUAUUUCAUUUCUUGGACACUCUCUUCUGUUUAGGAGAGACCAAGUGAACCUACCUUCACUUUAGGCGGGAUUGGCCACUUGGCAUUUGACAGCUUUGCCAGCUCUUCUUCUCUUAGGUUCCAAUAUUGCCUCACGAGAACCUAUGGGGGAGUAAGAGCGAGGGUGCAGUUCCCCCAAACUUAGACUUACCAGGAAACAUGCAUACAUGAGAGUGUGAGCAGAGAAGGAUUAUCGAAGAGCACCUUCCUCACUUCCAUACAGCUCUGCAGAGCAAAAUAACUUGUGUUUUAUUUAUUUUAUCUUCUGGUUUUAUGGCAUAAAUGUUUAUUUUUUUAAAUGUAAAGUAAAGUAAUUUUAUCAAAUAAUGAAAACAUAAGGAAAUUGAGGUUAGAGGGAGGUGUUAGAAGGAGGUGUUUAAAGAGAAGUUAUAUGGUGGGAGAUUGCUGGAGAGGUUACGGUGCAAUAGAGGAAGAAUCGAGAAAUGGAAUAUGCAUUGGAAAGGGUGUGGGAAGUUUGCACGGUGCCUCUUAACAAUUUCAGAUGGAAACUAUGAAGAGUUAUUUCUCAGAAAAGUCAUGUGCCUGUAUAAAGAAGCUACUGGUUUCCUUCGGGACUUUUCUCUUUAAGAUUAUAUGUAGUUAUUACUUGAAAUCUGGGGUUAUUACCAAAAUGGGCAUUGUAGGUAAUGGUGGUCGAUGGGAUCUAAUUUUAAUGGAGUCCAGAGAAGGGAAUAUUAUUUCUCCAAAUCCUCUCUUCCCCUCACUGGACCAAACAACUUCUUUCUCUUGUAGUGGACUCUUUUUUUUUUCAAGUAUUCGAUAUUUCUCCAUUUUGUUUUUUAGGAGAUUUUAGUUGGUUGUGUUGUUUUUGACCUGUAGCUUUAAAAAAAAUUCAGAGGAGAAUGUUCAAGCAAACUUGGAAUUUGAAACCUCAGCUCUGGUUAUUAGAUAAUAAAGGUUAUUACUAGUUCGUAUGUUACUUUAGGGUCAUCGCAUGCUUGUUGAUGGCUUGCCAUGUCAAGUUACCCUUGUUACCAUGUUACCAUAGUGUUAUGUCAAGUGCCCUUGGAGGACUUGAGUCACCUACAGACCACAUUUAAACUAGUGUGAGUAACGUGCAGUGUGGCCCACACUUGAGUAUGAAUGUAUGUGCACUGUCACUUUGCUCUAGGUGGAAGUAUUGGUAACUUGCUUCCUCUGUGUUCCUAUAGCCCCUUUGGAUUGACUGUGUUAAAACUCUGCCCUCUAUAGAAAUAACACUGCCUCUGUUGGGUGGAAUUUGCAUCUGGUUUUCUUCCGAACUGUACAGUUCCAUCUCAUCUGGCUGCCUUUCCUUGUUGGAGAGUGGGAGGGAGGAGCUCCCUAAAUCUUGAGAUUAAGGUGGAAGACUCCACCUCACUCUAGACUCAGGUAAUGGGAGUAGGGAAGAGUGACAUUGGGAUGUUACCUUUUGGGGGUGCAGUGGGGGAGUCUUAGGGGAGAGGGAGGCAUUCUUUUAAGGGGAUAAGAAAUAAGCUGAAGACUUCUAGCGCUGGAGCAUCUCGGAGACGUGGAUGAGAUGGAGGGGUUAAGGCUUGCCGAAGCUCAACAGGACACCUCCAUAAUCAUCUAGUUUCCCUGAGCUUGAAUAAAUGGAGAUUAGUCCCUGAAGAUACUUACCCUCUCUUCCCUUUUUCAUAGUUUGCUUGAUCUCCCUUCCCUCCUUGGUGCUUACAUAUUUCAGAUCAAUUAACCAAACCCUUGCCUAUGACAGUAUUUUAGUUCUCAUUCCCUCUGGUCGUAGUAAGUCUUAUAACUGCAAUGGGGCUUGGCUGGAACUGGUGAGGUUCCUCUAACUGCACCUUUGCUUCUGGCUCCUCAAAAAACGGUGUUUGGUAGUAAUGCAUUAUGGAAGUUUUCCCUUUGUGAGUAUUUCCAAAUGGAUUUUCUAUUAAUGUUACUGUGGUUCUUUGUUUUGAAAUAAAAAUUCUGAAUGUACAUACGACAUCACAGGUCUGGCUUUGUUUUGUU